AUGUACAUUUGGGCUUCGAAUGAAAGAGCGGCGCAUACACUCUCGUCUCCAUCGGUGACCAAUCCCCUUUGUAUAAUUCCACCGCUUACUCGUCUAAUUUUAACCCAAAGUAUGAAGCUAUCCAUAUACUCUCUUGGGACAGCGUUAUCCAUCUUUUCAGUUACCUCUGUAUUGGGAAUGGAAAUGGCUUUGGAAGAAAGACUGUUAGACGCUUCCACAUCUACUGAUCCAAUACACAUGAAGGACCAGACAACUCAUCAGUGUGAAGAUAUGGCAAGGUCUGGUGAUUCAUUACAAGAAAGGAUCUUUCAUGGCAUCAAAAGUCAGUUUCUUCCAAAGAAGAAAGCACCCCCUACGGUAGGAACAAUGGCUGUCCGGCUCUCGAAUCCGCUUCUCAACCUUGAUCAGACCCAAAGAAUGCGAGAAUUUGCCCAAAAAGCCACCGCUAUGAUCUCAGACACCGCCUCUUAUUCUGAUAAAGUUCUGGCUUGGAAAGGCAUCUUUCAAGAAGGUUUGAGUCUCUGGGAAACAAAACAAAAGGAUGUAGAUGGAUGGAGAGUUUUAGGAUUCCUUGAAAAAUUGUGUAGUUUAGCUCCUGCAAACAUGGAAGUUGUACAAGUUUUGAUUGGCAAGUUUCCUGAUGAACUGAAGCUGAAACUGAAAGCGGUUGAGGAGUACCCUGUGUACUUUGAAGAAAUUCCUUCUGACCUCACGGAGUGUUGGGCCAGGGCUACAUUGAUUGGUAGUUAUCAGAGACGUAUCAAGGCAGAAGCACCUGAAAAACUAGGAACAACAAGGAUUGAUAAAAUCAUCAAAGAAUACUUGAUGGCAGCAAAACUUCCUCAAUGUCUCCAAAGACUUUGGAAGGGGACUAUUCAAUAG